CCGCCCUCUUUCGCCUUCGCCGUAUCUCUCGCCGGCAACAAAGGCGUUCGCGACGUCUCCGAGGAGGAGGGCGAGAAGUCUCUCAUCGGCAUCGUGGAGCUGAAGGUGCAAAGCGAAGGCCCGCGGAAAGAGGUCUCGUGCACUUCCGAGAAUUCGUUCUUAGCCAUCGAACCGAUGGGCCCGGACUAUUUCAAGCUGGAGCUGAAACAGCACCUGGACAGGGAGGUGCAGUCCGAGUACAGCGUCAACGUCACGUGCACCUACCACUCGGCGCCGCCCCUGGCUGACUGGAAAAUCUUCACGCUCAGGGUCACGGACGAAAACGACAAUGCCCCUGUGUUCAGCGAGACGAUCUACGUCGGCAACGUGACGGAGGAGGCGAGCGUUGGAGAGUUUGUCCUGGAGGUCAAGGCCACGGAUGCGGACGAAGGGGUCAACGGGGCGGUGACUUAUUUCAUGAAAGGUUUGGAAAAUUUCCAACCCAAACCUUUCGCCAUCGACGAGAAAAGUGGGAGGAUAACGACGAACGUGACCAUCGACCGAGAGACCGUGACCAAUUUCACGUUUACCGUGGUAGCGGUGGACCACGGAAAGCCGGAAAUGACGGGAUCCGCCGUGGUCAUCGUCCACGUAGACGACGUCAACGACAACGCACCGGUGGUCGUGACAAAAAACUUAAGAAUCCUCGAAAACCUGGACGCCAUGUCCUUGGUCGGGACACUACGAGGCUCUGACCUCGACAUCGGGAAGAACGCCGAGCUGGUCUUCGCCAAACUGGACGGCGACAGUGACUCCUCCUCGACCCCGUUCCUGGUCAAGUCCAACGGCAGCGUGUGGUCGGUCGUCUCGCUGGACAGGGAGCAGAGGUCGCUGUACUCCAUGGCCGUCACCGUGCGAGACAAAGGCCAGCCCCGACGGUCGGGCACCGCCGUCAUCCAAAUCACCGUCGACGACGUCAACGACAACCCCCCGGCGAUCUCCAGCCCGUGUCUGACGGACGGGAUCGACUUCUUCCUGGACACCAGCUACUACCUCGACAACGAGACGCUGUACUCGGGCAGCGGGUUCGUGGUCAUCGACUGGCACUGCCCGGAGGGGGAGAGGGUCGUGUACCAGGCGGAGGCCAGCGACAAGGACAGCGGCGACACCGCGAGACUCACCUACGGCCUGGACGACGGGCUCGAGGACGCCCUGUUCCAGAUCGACAAGAAGACAGGGAGCGUCACGCUCAAGCGAUACGUCCGCCCCGACGACAGUCUGUCCCAGCUGGUUAACAUCAGCGUGACGGAUCACGGCGUCCCGCGCCUGACGUCGUACUGCGCUCUCAACAUCACCAUCAACAUCGACCGGUCGGCGCUUCAGCCACCGCCGAGCACCUCGGUGUUCGCACAAAGUUCCAAC